CGAGUUGCAGAAAAGGAAGUGCUACAUUCCAGCCUGUCACUACUUCCUGUUUUUACGAGCAAGGACUCCUGACAGCUGUGCCGGGGGCAAGUACCCGGAAGUAGGCAGACUGCAUAGUUCUUUGUAGACGUGUGCAUGUGUGCUCAAUAUAUGUGUACAGCAGGUGAGGACAGAAAUAACCUUUGAACGGAGGAGAUGGUGCGUAUUUUGGCAAAUGGUGAAAUUGUCCAGGAUGAUGACCCCCGAGUGAGAACAAAUGCUCACCCAAGAGCUAACACUCAGAGACAGGGAUUUUUUAACACCGCUACCAAUGGUGGACAAGGACCACAGCAGAUUCCACAAGAGGGAGGGAGGCCAGAAGGGCGCUCUCCAUUCUCUGAAAUUAACCAGCAGCUUGUAAAUAUGGGCUUUCCACGCUGGAACCUUGGAAAUCAGGUGGUGGAACCUGUCAUGUCAAUUCUUCUUCUAUUCCUCAUUCUUAUGGUGGGUGUACGUGGCUUACUUCUGGUUGGCCUGAUAUAUAUUGUCUCACAUCUCAGCCAAAGAUGAAUGGAAGUGGUGCCAAGAACCUAAUGUUUUGUAUGUGUGGUUUCUUCAUUAUUAUAAUUGUGUAUAAAAAGUGGACCAAAAUUACAGCUAUUUAUAUAAGUUGUACUAAUAAAUAUGUAGAUCUAUAAAGAGCUAUAGUUUAAUGCAGAAAAGUUGCACUACAAACAAAUUAUCAAUAUCAAUGGAUCAAUUCUCAAAAAGGAUUUGCUUUUAUGUGUAAUAUUAAUAAAAAUGGAUUUUAAUGUGUUUACUGAA